AGGAUAUUACACUUUAACUUUACAGAGCACACAUAUAACACGAGGCACGACUUACAACAAGGGCUUGCUGGCGGUCAACGACAAUGCACAUUCAUUUGUUCUCUCUUCUGCUCGGGAUCGUUUACAUGGCAUUGAGUGAAGGAGGCACCUGUGAUUACUCAACAAUUCCCCUGGAACAACGGAAUUAUAUGGACUAUGUAAGAGAGAUGCUCAAAAACGGCACACAAUUGUUCUUGAAGUGGGGUUUCAAUGGACCAUUUCGCAACAAUAGAACUAUUUGUUGGACGUCCAACAAAUCUCACGCAUUGAAUCUGGGAUACCAGCGUCACGAACGAUUCUACAACACGGUGGCCACUACAAGUCACUGGCAAGACAGGGAGACUACCUAUUACGUGGGACCAAUGAACUGCACACCCACAGUUAUGGUGCAAGCCCGUGAUGGAGGACAACCGGACCCAGAAGUCAGCGGCAAUUUCACACUUCUCUUUGCAACACCUCAAUGCUUCGUUAUGGGUAUAUUAGGUAACGCCUCGGCUCAAGCUGUCGAUUCCACACAACCGCCCACAGAUAACUCGACAUGCCAACUCUGGGCUCAAAGACAUGGUAACCAUACAGUUAAGAAGCUGUGCGAGGAGGCAUUCUACUCAAACUGUAGUUGUGUCGAAGGCAUGUAUAAACGGGGACAUGAUCACUGCAAUUUAACAGAAGGCGAGGGACUCUCAUAGUUUCCUCAUUCUUUGUUGCUAGUUUUCCAUCACAUCAAAUCACCUUAUUUCAUUAAAGACCUAUGUUAGUUUAGUUAAAUGAAGUGGAUUAAUCAUCCCCAAAUGCGGAUGGGAGUCUCAACGCUGCCUAAACUGCAAUAAAAACACAUUCUCUUCAAAUGCGAA